AAUUUUUAAAAUGGCUGUGCGGGAGCAAAGUGGUGACCGUCCACGUGAAAAAAACAUGAAAACGGACAAGAAAGUGUAUUUAGUUGCUCAAGAACUAGAGCUAGCGAGAGUGUUGGCCGGCAAUAGCACACCCUCCAGGGAUAGAGCUCUUAGAAACCUAAAAAAAUGGUUCUCACACCGUUCCAAAACAUUGCCGUUUACUGAUCAAGAUUUUCAAAUCAUUUGGAAGGGGCUUUAUUAUUCCAUGUGGAUGUCCGAUAAACCAUUAACACAAGAAGAAUGUGCUGAGAAUAUUGCUAGUCUGAUUCAUUUUCAAACUUUCGAUGAGCCUAUACGCUUCUUUAAAGCUGGCUUAUCGACCCUAAUCAAUCAGUGGUUUGGAAUAGACCAGUUGAGGCUGGACAAGUUUUUAAUGCUCGUCAGGCGGCUGCUGAGGCAUAUGUUGAUAGUUUUAAAAGAACAUGGUUUAAGUAAGAAGAAUAUAGAUAUGUUCAGUGAGGUUGUAUUGCUUACUGUUCUAAACACAAAUAUUAAUCCACCUGUAGGGCUAUUUAUGCAUUUUACUGAAAUUUUCUUAGAGGAAAUUGCUAAAAUAACCGAAGGAAAUAUACCUUCAGACCGCUUAGUAGAUUUUAUACGCCCGUUUAUCAAGAAACUGGCUGUAACAAGUGAUGGACGAGAAAUUGCCCAUAUAAGAAAAUUCAUAUUUAUUUACUUAAUCAAGCAGUCAAACCUGGGAAUGGAUUAUCAAGCCAAGUACGAGGCUUGGAAAAGGGAAGGUUUCCCAGGAAAUAUCAAUUCCAUGCAAAAAAUCAAACUGGACGAUGAUGAGAAAGCGUCGGAAGGAGUGAAUUUGGAAAAUAAAGAAAAACCGUUAGACCCCCGAGCGGGUCGAGUAGAUGUUGAAUUACCUCAAAUUAAAUUUAAUGCUAAGCACUUUGUUAACGCUCUCCAAGAAUACAAAUUUGACAAGGACAGUAAUUCAAAGUCUAGAAGUACCAUCAACGAGCUAACAAAGCUUUUCACCAAGUUGUCGAAAGGCAUGUAUCCGUUGGGUACAAAGCAGGUACGGGACACAAAAACAGAUUCUUACGAUACCAGUAUCCGUAAGGCAACGAACCGUCUCGUGAAGUUCGAAAAAAAGCUUUUGGGCAAAGAGAAGAAGAAGAGGAAAAGCUCGGGGGACCACGAAGAAACGGACGAGGUGCCUCGGAAACGGAAAAAAGUUGACAAAGACACAAUUGACGGAAAAGAAUUGGAAAAGUUUAUUGGGCAAAAUCUGAGCAAAAAAACUAAAAAGCGGAAGAAAAGCGACGAUAGAAAUGUUAAUGGAAAAGCGGAACAUAACGGGGAUGAUGUGACUGAAGAAGAAUUGGAAAAUUUUAUCGUGCAAAGCGAAGGAGAUUUGGAGAAGAAAACGAAGAAGAACAAGAAACUAAAAAUAUCGAUCAACAGCGAUAAAGUGACUGAGGAACUAGAGAAUUCUGCCAAGCAAAACGGAGGGACAAAAAAAACUAGGAAAAACAAAAAGAUUGCCGAGAAUGAAACUAAAAAUACGGAAGAAGUGAAAGUUGUGGAUGAAAAGGAAAACAAACUUAAAAGGAAAAGGAGAAACGAAACUAACACCGACAAGACUGAAGCGAAAAAGAAGAGGAAGAAGAAGAACGGAACACGGGAACAAAUAAUCGACAACAUAGAGUGCGUUUUCGAACGUAAUUCUGGUACUUGGGUGGUGUACGACGUUAGCAGGGAUACGGGGGAAAUCGAGGCGACAACCGCUCAAGAAACGGGAACGUAUGAGGGAUCUGUGGAAAGUUCUACCGACAUCAAAGAAUGUCCGAGUACUUCGUCGAGGAAUCCGGAAAAUUCGGAAUCGGCGCUGCCAUCCGACAAGAGCCCCAGUACGUUCGGUACGGAUUUGGGAAGCCCAAAUGACGAAAACCAGACACCUAGCAAGAAUAAAGCGUCGUCUUCGAAAAGUCCCAUUGUAGAAAAAGAUUCUCCAAAAUCGGGCAUAAACCCGGUACGUCUCUUCGAGUCGCCCCAAAAAACGAACGACCUCUUCCCGAAGUCGUCCUGGGACGAGCCCCUGCACGAAGGAGAGUACGAGAUUUGCAUCCCAUCCAAGAAGCACGUAGCCAAACUAAAAAGACGAGCGAAGAAAACCAACCAAAGCGUCCACGAACUGAUCAACACCUCCAUGAAACAGAUCCGAGGCAAGGGACGACUCAGUUUGGAUGUCAGCCUGGUACAGAACCCGUUCUCCGCUCCUAACAGCGCGAAGAAAGUCAAAAUAAACACGAAACUGAACAAGUCGCAGGAGAUCCACGAGCACGUGCAGCAAAUACUGAGCUCGCCGGGUAUUCCGUACGACGCAAACAAGAAGCCGCUGAAGCCGUUGCUGAAAGCCGCCGCCAGUUCCACGCCCGUUAAUCCGUUUUACAACAAACAGUUGAACGUUUGUUGAACGCGAUAAUUGUUGAAUCCUUGAUUUUUUUGGAGUUGGAACAGAAAACGUUAUUCCUCGGUUUUAUUACUUUCAUUUUGUCUGUUCGAUGGUUUGAAUUUUACCAUUUUCGAGUCUUCUUGUCUUCAGUUGGAUAUUUUGAUUUGUUGCCGUAUUUUUUAUAUACAGUGUGAUCUAUUUCACACGUGAAAAAUUUAUUUUUUUACAAAUGAUUCGAAUUUGUUUUCAGAUAUCAAAGCUCACUUUUAAUUUUUUUCGGUGUCAAAUUUGACAGAAACUAACGAUUUAUUUAUUUAUGACCACACCGCUAGAUUAUGUUUUCAUUUGAAAUAGUUCACAUUGUAUAUGUAACGAUUAUAAGCAAAAAAUUAUGAAAGGCAAAAAUUAUGAUUUUACAAUCAGUUUAUUUUUUUCUAUUUUUGAAAAAAUGAGACCAUUUUAUGUAUCAUUAUGUAUUUUAUCAAAAUUAUUGUUAAAUAUUAAUAAAUGACAGUUCAAGAGUUUUAUAUAGUUAUUAUAUUAUUUUCAUUAUAUCAUUUUUUUUUUAAUUCCUGUUUCUUUAAACAUCUGGUAUAUAAUCUGUUAAAUUUUUUUAUGACUGUAAAUGUGAGGAACAUAAUAAACAUUAAGUUUGAGCAAUCCAAAAAUUUGUUAAUAAAUGUCAUUUUUUUAAAUGAUAUUGGCCACCUAACGGCCUUGAUUUAGUCCAUAUUGAUUUUUACGUUUGUUCGGUGAAGGUGCUGAUUAUUCGGAAUUCAUAACUUUUUUUUGGAACGGAAAAUGCUACUCUUUGGUUUUGUUUAUUUAAUUUGUGGAUUUGUUGGUUUGGAUUUAAAACUGUUUUCCGGUUUUUUUGAAACUUGACAUCGAUAUUUCAAUUUGUGGAUUUAUUUUUUUUUAUAAAUAUAUAUAUAUAUAUAACUUGUGGUAAAAGGACGGUUAUAAGUAAA